UGCGGGGGCUCUGACGGCAGGGGCGUCCGCUGAGAGGGGAGCAGAGCGGACGAAGGGGGCGUCCCCACCCCGAGCCAGCCAUGGGCGGGCGAGCGCUGGUGGGCGCGCUCAGCCUGUGCCUCAGCCUCUGCUCCCUGGCGCUGCUCGUCACAGCCAUUUUCACCGACCACUGGUACGAGACCGACCCCCGGCGCCACCGGGAGAGCUGCGAGCACCGCGCCGGCAGCGCCCACCCGCCCGAGCAACGCCGACGCCUCCUGCCCCUGCCGCACUUGCCCUUGCGAAGCGCCCAGCAGCGGCUCCCUCGCGGCGGCGCCUGGGAAGCGGCGGCGGCAGCGGCAGCGGCGGCGGAGCCUCCCCCGGGCGACGUGCUUCUCUUGGACCACUGGCCAGCCCUCCUGGGGCUCGGGGUGCUGCAGUCCCGGUGUGGCCGUCCGCUCUUCGCCACUUACGCCGGGCUUUGGAGGAAAUGCUACCUGCUGGGCGUCGACAGGGACCUCGAUAGCCUGGUGGAGCGAGGAAUUGCUCAAAGAUGCACAACAAUCAAGUACCACUUCUCUGUGCCAAUACGUUUACAGAACAUCCCAUUCAAUUUAACCAAGACCAUUCAGCAGUUUUUUCAGCAGGAUGAAUGGCAUCUGUUACAUCUAAGAAGAAUCACAGCAGGUUUCCUUGGGAUGGCAGCAGCUGUUCUUCUAUGUGGGUGUAUUGUAACAACAGUCAGUUUCUUUUGGGAAGAGAGCCUCACACAGCACGUUGCUGGGCUUCUUUUCCUCAUGUCAGGCAUCUUUUGCACUAUUUCCCUCUGUACUUAUGCAGCAAGUGUCUCCUAUGAACUAAACCGCCUACCCAAAUUCAUCUACGGUCUUCCUGACGAUGUUGAACAUGGAUACAGCUGGUCUAUAUUCUGUGCUUGGUGCAGUUUAGGACUCAUAGUAGCAUCGGGAUGUCUUUGCACCACUUAUCCCUUCAUUAGCAGGAAAAAGAUUAGCCAUCUAAAGUCAACCAGAGACUCUUCUGUAUGAGUGCUUAUU